GGGAGAUGAUGUUAAGGUGGUUUAUAUAGAGAGGAGAAACCUGCAAUCUCUCAAAUCAUCUAGAUCUCUGCCAGUCCACCACCAUGUACCUGAACCUCCUCAUCCUCCUCCAACUCCUUUCCUCUGCUGGAGCCUCUGAGAGUGGUAUUGUGGGUGGUAAGAUAGCUAAGCCCCACUCAAGGCCCUAUAUGGUCUCUCUGCAACACAGAGGACACCAUGUUUGUGGAGGAAUGCUCAUCCGGGAGGACUUUGUCCUGACUUCAGCACACUGCUUAAGGAGUGCUUAUCCUUUAACGGUGGUUCUUGGAGCUCACGACCUAACCAAAGAAGAGAAGAAGAGUCGGCAAGAGAUUCAGGUGGUACAUCACCAUCGCCAUCCUUUGCACAGACAAUAUAGCCAGCUCACUUAUGACAUCAUGCUACUCCAGUUAGAGACUAAAGCAAAACUGAACAGGUAUGUAAAUGUCACUGGACUCCCAAAGGAGGAUGGAUCAACCCCAGCAAACAUCAAGUGCUCCGUAGCUGGUUGGGGCAAGACUAACUCGAACAACCAGGGUUCUGGCGUUUUGAUGGAAGUGGCGGUGACGGUGGGGGAGGACUCUGAAUGCAAGAAGGUGUGGCAGAAAUACUUUGACAAAAAACAAAUGAUGUGCACUCGUACUACCGGAGGGAAAGGAUUUUGUCAGGGAGAUUCAGGGGGACCUCUUAUUUGUAACAACAAGGCACAGGGUAUCGUUGCUUUUAAUUAUCCUGAGAGAUGUGAUGAUUCCCAAUAUCCUCAUGUGUUCAUGAAAAUCCCUUUCUUUCUGCCCUGGAUUAAAGAGGUGUUGCACGGAUAUGGUGCCAACAUGUCUUUAAACAAGCAGGAAUAAAGGACUAGGAAGGACUAUUCCUGCAUAAAUACACUUCUCAUCAUGGAUAGAGGACAAGUUUCUUAUUUUUAUCAUUUUGUUUCCAUUUAAAACACAUUUGUAACUGAUUUGAACUGAUUAUAACUGAUUUUAUUGUUUAGAUACUGUUUUUAUAUAUAUUUUUUGCAAUUAGUAAUUAGAAAAUAAUUUAAAAGGUUAAGCAAAACCUUUAGUCUGUCAUUGUUGCUAAUUUUGGAUAGUCCAUCUGUGUCACGUCCUGACCGUAGAUCGCUUUGUAUGUUUCUAUUUUUAGUUUGGUCAGGGUGUGAUGAGGGUGGGUAUU